CGAUCGCCUGGCUGCACCGCCUAAUAUGGGUACACCUCCCCAAUGGCCUCACAACCCUUGACCGGCGCUUUACCGGGGGUAAAGUGACCUCCUCCUGCACCCGCUUCUUCAACUACAUGAUGUACGACCGGCACCCAACCGUCUUGAUCUUCUUCCUCGUCCUCCUCGUGGGUGGCGAAGCCCUGUAUCUCCCCGCGGCCUGGCCGCAGCUCAGCACCCUGCAGAAGACGACGGGCAGCGUGGCCGUCUUCCUCCCCUACCUCUUCCUCUACCUCUCGGCCGCCUCGGACCCGGGCACCAUCACGGAGGCGAACCACGUGCCCGAGAUGGCGCGGUACCCGUACGACUUCACCCUCUUCCACCCGGGCGCCGUCUGCGCCACCUGCCGCCGCCUCAAGCCCGCGCGCUCCAAGCACUGCAGCGUGUGCCGGCGCUGCGUCGCCCGCUGCGACCACCACUGCAUCUUCAUCAACAACUGCGUCGGCGCCGGCAACCACCACUGGUUCCUCCUCCUGCUGCUGUCCACCGCCGUCCUGACCCUCUACGGCGGCGUGGUCGGCGUGCGCCUGAUGACGGCCCAGAUGCGCCGGCGGUUUCCGAGCUGGGCGCUGCUGCCGUGGCGCGCCGACGGCGGGCGCGGCAUGUCCAUAACCGAUUGGCUCGUCGUCUGGAGCUGGGGGAUGCAGGACGGUGGCCGGGGCGGCGGCGGCGGCAGCGGUGGCGUAUGGCUGGCCGCUGUGACGUUGCUGGCGCUGAUGAUCAGCCCGCUCGUGUGGGCGCUGCUGGGCUACCACCUGUGGCUGAUCUACUGUGGCACCACGACCAACGAGUCGAUGAAGUGGUCCGAUUGGCAGGCCGACAUGGACGACGGGCUCGCGUGGAAGAGGAGGCUGGAUCCCGGGCGCAUCAAGGACCUGACGGUGGAACCCGCGUGGACGAGGUGGCCCGUGGAGGCGGAGCAGGUCCUGGUGCGGACCAACGACGGCAAACCGCCGACAGGGGAGGUUCUCCCGGGGUACGGGGAGUGGGAGGGCGUUUGGCGCUUGAAGGAUGUCGAGAACCUCUACGAUCUCGGAUUCUGGGACAACCUUGUGGACGUGUUCUUGCCCUACUUUAUGUUUCGGGAUCCGUACGUGCCGGUGGCAGAGAACAGGCUGCGGAGGAAGAAGAAGAGGAGAGCGAGGAAGAUCUACCUAGCCUAGGUUGCCUUUGGGACGGCCUUAGCACGAGGUAUCAACAGCGCGAGAUAUUGGCAACAACAACAAGGAGAGAGGAUAGUGUAGAUAAAGUAGGAAGUGUGAUCUCAAGCAUCCAAGAACCUAUCGGGUAUCAUACUUGCCGUCCAGUCUAGCAGUCCAGUUCCAU